UGCUGUGCAAUAGCCUUUUUCAGUCUGCUGCUACCCAGCCAGACUGGUAUUGAAAUUUUGGAAAUAUAACUUUACAAUUAUUGAACGAAAUGGUGUAAAAAGUGAAUUAAAAAUUAUUCAGUGCAAUUGCACUUUCAUCGAAUUACUACAUUUCAGUCAUAAAGCUAGUCCCGGACUUCUAAAAUGGUCGAAAUUAAAGAAGUGACAGGUGAUUCAAGUAGUGGGGUGAAUGAAGUCAGCCCCAGUGAUGGAGUUGUUCAGGCACAAGCUAAUGGUGAAGCUCCUGCAGAGCAACCGGAAGCGGCACAAGAAAACCCACAUCAGCCAAGCAGGAUGGAAUCAUUCUUCGCCAUCACCAAAUCCCUCAUUCUUCGAGCCUUGAUUUUCUACUUUAUCACGUCAUUCUUUCGAAGACCAGCCCCGACCCCGGCUGAGCAAGGAGUCCCAGCUGUUGGAACAAAACUGCCUGCGUUCAACUACUUUCAAAAUGGAUCAAAUAUGGAUAUGCUCAUGUUCCUGUCAGAAGAGGAGGUCCUCUCAGACCUAAAGUUUGAAAAGAACCGACAACCGCCGAAGUUGAUAUGGUGGGAGAGAGGACUGACCUAUGGAGAGUGGACAGACGGACCUAACGGGGAUGGAACACGCGAGGCGCACGUCAAGUUUGACACUUCCGAGAAACUGAGGAACAACGGCUCGAUAUUCCUCCAUGUGUAUUUCAUCAAGCACGAUGACCACUACAACAUGCAGACGGAGAUGCCCAGUGAGAAGUUGCUACGUAGUCAGCAAACUGUGUACUCAAGGAGACAAGUCAACAAGUUCCGUCGUCUGCGGUUCACUAAGACACAGAAUCUUCUGACUGGAGAGACGGCUGCUACACCUGAAGAAGUGCUGAAAGCUGAGACUUUAAAGACAGAAAUAGUCUCUCAUUGGCACCCAAAUUUGACAGUGAACAUCGUAGUGGACCAAACUAACUGGGUACCUGGAGGCGUCCCUCCUCCCAUCAAUGAGUUUGUUGAGUUUACCGUCACUGGAGAACACUACAAACCCAUUGUAUUCUUCAACGAGUUUUGGAACCUGAUCAGGGAUUAUCAUCCAAUCAAUGAAACUUGCAAGACUCUGGAGCUUCACCUGACAUUCCAGCCAUUGUCGUUGUUCCGAUGGCAGAUCUACGCCACACAGACCAUGAAACACAAGUGGUCUGUCAACCUUUUCCAGGAGGAACAUCAAGAUGAUGAGGACCAAGACUCUCUCAAGGAGGCAUUGCUGGAAACAUCUCCAUAUCUCCUGGCAGCAACAGUAGUAGUCUCCAUAUUGCACAGUGUCUUUGAACUGCUGGCUUUCAAGAAUGAUAUUCAGUUUUGGAACAAUCGCAAGUCACUGGAAGGCCUCUCUGUUAGAUCAGUUUUCUUCAACGUCUUCCAGUCUUUGAUCGUUUUCUUGUAUGUGUUUGACAACGAUGCCAACACCUUGAUUAGAAUAAGCUGUUUUGUUGGACUUUGCAUCGAACUUUGGAAAAUAAACAAGGUGGUGAACAUAACUUUAGACCGAGAAAACAGAAUAUUUGGUUUUCCAAGACUAAGGUUUGAAGACAAAGGCUCGUACGUGGAGAGCAGCACCAGGGAGUACGACCAGUUAGCGUUCAAAUAUCUGUCCUGGGUCUGCUACCCUCUACUGGUCGGCUACGCUGUCUACUCCCUACUGUACCUGGAGCACAAGGGAUGGUACUCCUGGCUGCUUAACAUGAUCUACGGGUUCCUCCUCACCUUCGGCUUCAUAAUGAUGACGCCGCAGCUAUUCAUCAACUACAAACUCAAGUCUGUCGCACACCUGCCUUGGCGAAUGAUGUCCUACAAGUGUCUCAACACUUUCAUCGAUGACAUCUUUGCUUUUGUCAUCAAGAUGCCCACCAUGUACCGUCUGGGAUGUUUCAGGGAUGACAUAGUAUUUUUCAUCUUUCUCUACCAAAGAUGGAUAUACAAAACCGAUCCAAAGAGGAUCAAUGAGUUUGGUUACUCUGGUGAGAUGGAGACUAACGGAACGGCCGCUGUGGAGGGUCAAGCGGCCAUCGAAGAUACGCAGAAGAGCUCCGAUGACAAGAAGAAAGAUUAACGCAUCUGGAAAAGCUAGUUGUUAAUCUCUGAAUGUUGUUUAGCGAUAAAACGUAAUAUUUAUAAUUUGUUAUAAGCUUUUACAAUGGUUUUCAAAUGAAAUUUGAAGUCGUUGGCUUUAAAAUUAAUCACCUAGAUAAGAAAAUCAAUAUUUAUAUAUUACACCCGUUCUGUUUUCAGUGCACUCAUUUGCUGUUUUUAUAAAUUAUCAGGUAUACUUUUUUACCAAGUUCUAUGUGAUUUUAUUUUCACUCGAGUAGACUUUAUUGAAAGUAUUUUUAAAGAAAUGCAAUUUAGAAGUACAAAGUAUUUUGUACUAGUGAUAUUUCUUUAGGUGUCGUUUGAGUUAGUUAUGUGACCUUAAAUGAAAUUUAUAUUGAUGUAUGUAUGUUUAUACUUUCCUGCCGCUGUUUCAAGUUUUUAUAGUAUUGAAAAUAAAAGUUAUCAGUUGAAAACAGUA